AUGGAAUCAAGCUUUUUUGUUUCUACAAUCCUAUUAAUGAAGAUGAAUUAUAAACCGAUUGUGGAUGUAAGGUCUUAUCAUUCUUCUGCUAGGAAUGGUUUCUUUUCUUAUGUGAAUGAAGAGAAUGAAAAUAACACAACAAAUAACAUUGUUAAUUCAUCAAAUGAAGUUAAUGUUGGGAUUCUUUUUUUGUUCAAUAAAUGGAACAAGAUGAGCAUUAAUAUUGCAACAACAACUGAAUUGGAAGAUCAUCUUUCCUGCAUCGAAGUGAGAUCUCCUAGUGGCACAGGGUUUGAUUGUAGACUAAAAGAUGAGAAAGUUUUGGAGGCAGUUUUAAUUUAUGAGUAUGUUUAUUGUAGUAGAUCUGGUAUAACAAAGAAACACAAUGUUGAAACAUUGAAAGGUGUUAAAGGGAAACAAAAAAGAAAGCGAUCUAGCCAAAUGAUUCAGUGUCCGACGAAGAUUGGUUUUAAGGUUUCUAAGAAAAUAUUGGCUAAAACUGAUUUUCGAAAAAAAAAUAUAAAUGUGAAUGUGAAUGUAAAUGAAGAAAGUUUCAAAUAUAGUUGCAUGAUAUCUGAGCUUUAUGAUGUUUUGUGUACAUAUGUGUUCUGUAUUAUGAAGAAGAUGUUUUUGAAACAGAUUACAUCUAAGUAUUUGUUAAGAAGAUGGAAGAAAGAUAUAAUUUGUCCAGAAAAAUUGGAACUAAAAUAUUCAUUAAGCGAUAGUAGUGUUGGCUGCCAAAAGAUGGUAACUGAUUUAUAUUAUGUGGUGGCUGAGUGUAUAAAUUUAGUUUCUCAUGAUACUGAAAAGUUGCUCAAGUAUUUUGAAUGGAAAAAACAAAAAAGGAAUCUACUUAAAGAAAAUCCGCUAGAAAAAAUUCUCGUUCAAAAUUUGCUAAAAACAAAGGAUCUGGUUCUGAAACUGUCAUCUCCGAAUAAAAAUGGAAAAGAAAAAGAAUUGGAAAAAGAAGAACAAGUUAUUCAAGAAAAAGAGUUGGAAAGAAAAAAGGCAUUGAAAAAAGGAAAACAACUUACUAUAUUUUUGAUAAUUUCAUUGGUUGAUUGUCUUUUUGAUGAGUCUAGUGAUGUUUCUAAAAAAGAACAAAUGGCAAUAGUUUUGAGAUAUAUUGAUAGACUUGGGAUUGUAAAGGAAAAUUUUAUUGGAGUUGUUCACGUGUUGGAUUCAUCUUCUUUGAAUCUUAAAGCUGCCAUUGAUGCCGUGAGGGGACAAGGUUAUGAUGGAGCAAGUAAUAUGAGUGGUGCAUUCAACGGUUUGAAAUCUUUGAUUUUAAAUGAAAACAAUUUUGCACAUUAUAUACAUUGUUUUGCACACCAACUUCAAUUAGUGGUAGUGGCAGUUGCAAAGAAACAUGAUGAUGUUGAUGAAUUCUUUGAACAACUAGCUUUGGUGGUUACUGUCGUUUGUGGGUCUUGUAAGAGAAAAGAUAUGAUACGAGAGAUGCAAAAAGAAAGAGUGGCACCUGAAAUUGGUAGUGGUGAAAUUGAACCUGGAAGAGGGUUGAAUCAAGAGAUUUCUUUUAAUGUGUUGCGGUACUUAAAUAUGUCAGAGAGGAGGGGUCUACUUUAUCUAACCUUAAUCAAGAAAAGGGUAUUUUUUUCAUACUUCAAUACACUUGAUUUCAUGUUUCUUUUACAUUUGAUGUUGGAAAUUCUAUGCCUCGCGGAUACCUUAUCAAAGCAUCUUCAAAAAAAAGAUCAAAAUAUUUUGGAAGCGGCUUCGUUAGUAAAAGGGACAAAGAAAACAUUGCUAGUUUUUAGAAAAGAUGGGUUUCCAGAAAUUUGGACGAAGGUAUGUGCUUUUUGUGAAAAGCAUAGUAUUGGAAUUGUGGACAUGACGGAAUAUUAUGUUACCCCACGCAAGCGUAGGACCAAUAUGACUAAUCAACAUCAUUUUGAAGUUGUGAUUUUUAACACAAUUUUAGAUAUGCAAAUUCAAGAAUUUGGGGAUAGAUUUAGUGAUGUUGGCACGGAGUUGAUGGAGAACAUGGCAGCUUUGAGUCCUAGUGACUCAUUUUCUAGUUUUGAUAAAGCAAAGUUGUUAAAGCUAAGCGAGAUAUACAAAAAUGAUUUUUACGAUUCAGAAAGGGCACAACGUAAUGGAUUUUUCAACUUGAAGGGAAUUGUAGACCUCUCUCGUUUGUUGGUGGAAACCGGGAAGCGUCUCUCUUUUCCUUUGGUUUAUAGAUUAUUAAAACUAGCUUUGGUUUUGCCCGUCACAACCGCAACUGUUGAAUGGUGUUUUUCUGCAAUGAAGUUCUAG